UCGCUACGACGUGUCUUUUGAUCUACGUCACUGUCAACGGACAAGGUCGUGAUUGUACUAGUGGAAUUGGAAUUGGUCAAACACUAGUGAACGAUUAGUGAGCGAAAAAAUCUUGACAUACUCAUAGUCAUGGCCGAUAAGUACGAAGACGACGAUUUAGUUCCUGAAUCCGUAGAAGGGUACGUGGUUGGAGAAAAGAAAACUGUCGAGGAAUAUACCAAACUUGAUGCCGAAGAUGAAAGUUUAGCUAAAUGGAAAGCUUCAUUAGGAUUAACUGCUAAUUCCACUCCAUAUCCAGUUAAAGCUGGAGAUCAAAGACGAGUAGUACUUGUAGAAAUUGGAUUAGAAUUCCCAGAACAACAAGAACUUGAACCUAUUUUCUUUAAUAUGGAAGAUGCACAGGGUAAUACCAUUAAUAAAGAAAUUAAAUUUACUAUUAAGGAAAAAUCAGUAUAUCAAUUAGUAUUAAGAUUUAGAAUUCAAGGAGAAAUUAUUACUGGAUUAAAAUAUCUUCAUUCUGUUAAAAAGGCUGGAAUUAGAGUCGAUAAGGUUGAAGAACCUUUAGGAUCUUAUGCUCCUAAUACUGUAGAAAAUCCUUAUUAUGAAAGAAGAUUUGCUGAAGUUGAAGCCCCUUCUGGAUUAUUGGCUAGAGGAGGAUGUUCAGCCAUUACAAAAAUCAUUGAUGAUGAUAAAACUGUUCAUUUAACAUUCCCAUGGUCUUUCACCAUCACUAAGUAGAUCAGAUCAACUAUAUAGUAUCUAUCUAUCUAUC